AUGUAUAAUCGCAAUCCAAAGGAGAAGAAGAAGGAAGUCAUGGAGUCUAGUGAUAUUGACAUGAGCUUUAGCACGAUUAUGAAAGAAGUAGUGCGUUUUGGUUCCUCACAUAUGACAUGGAAGGAUAGGAAAGCGUUAGAGAAUCAGAGAGUCACUGAACUUGGUGGAAAGCCUCAGAAGAAACAGAGGCUACCGCUGAGUGUAGCGAGAGUACAGAUGAAGAAACAGAAAGAAAGAGAAGAGAAGAUGUUGGAAAAUAGAUCGAUUCUUGGCAAAUUUGAAGGACCACUUGGUGUUGUGACAACGAAGAAACCGGUAGAGAGGAAGCGUAAGCCAGAGGAGAGAGUGCUGAAAUCAACGGAAGGGAAUUUCAGGAGCGGUGUUCUUGAUGUUAGGCAUUUGCUACAUUCCGGCUCUUCAAGACGCAGUGACAGAGAUAACAAGACGAGCAGUUACGGUAUGGACAAGAACAGAGGAGAAGGAGGAGGAAGUGGCAGAAAGAGCAAAGGGAAGAAGAAAGGAAGCAAGAAAGGGAAAAAGAAAGGAGGCAAUAAGAGGAAAGGCAAGUAA